AUGGCCAUCCCAGAACUUCCCAAGCUGCCAGUUCCUCACAACGAACUGGUAAGCUAUAUUGCCAAGAACCCAGAUACCCCCAUUGAGACCUUGGUUGGUCCCUAUCGCAAAUAUGAAGCCAGUCUGCGUCAAGUAUAUGCGCAAGAUCGCCACAAUGCAGUCUUGGACGACCCUUACAUGAAUGUCCUGCCCCUCUUCACCAAGGACACGCCAGAUAUCAAGACGCGGGCACGCAACCUGGCCGCUGAGUCCACCGAGGAAAAGGAGAGAUAUAUCAUGACCCUACCCGAUGACAAGCGUCGAGCAGACGGUUCUCCUGCCGUGGUGGAGUCAUUGAAGGAGUUUCGCCACAAUUUCAACGUUUUCUGCGAGUCCUCACUCGUCGAUCUAGACUGGAACAAUGUCGUUGCAGCUGGUUCGUCUGCUGUCAAUUGCCUGCUUCCUGUGCCUGAAGGAUACAAGAAGUCCAAGAAGACUUUGAGAAAGUAUUACCACGAGAAGUUUGCUCCAGCUUCUGACAUUGAUCUCUUCCUGUAUGGGUUGAACGAGGAAGAAGCCAUUGAGAAGAUCAAGCAGAUCGAGGCCUCUGUCCGCGACGCUAUCCUAUCCGAGGUUACCGUUGUUCGAACCAAGAAUGCCAUUACAAUCUGCAGUCAAUACCCGACACGCCACAUUCAAAUCGUGUUGCGAGUCUACAAGAAUGUCUCCGAGAUCCUGACCGGAUUCGACAUCGACUGUUCAGGUGCUGCAUAUGAUGGCAAGCAAGUCUACUGCACACCAAGAGCUUUGGCGUCCUAUAUCACUCAGAUCAACCCCAUUGAUUUGAGCCGCAGAAGCCCCUCGUAUGAGAAUCGACUCUCCAAGUACAGUCACCGGAAUUUUGAGGUAUACUGGCCAGAGCUUGAUCGGUCUCGAGUCGAUCCAACCAUUUUUGAACGCAGCUUUGGAAGAACUCUCGGUCUUGCUCGUCUCCUCAUUCUCGAACGUCUUCCCACGACCAAUGCCCGGGAGCAUUACUUGAAGAAGCGCCGUGAGGAACGUGGACGUCCUGAUCCUGGUUACCGACAUCAGUAUAGGCUCUUUGGCAAUAUCAAGGACGCCCAUGAAGACGAAGUUGCCGACUGGGUCGAUGAGGAAGAAGUUUCCAACUACCACACCUUUACUGUUCCGUACGGUGCCAAGUUCAAUGCCAAGAAGAUUGAAAAGUUGUGCUAUACCCGAGAUUUGCUGCUCAAUGCCGAGUGGAAUCAGCCCAAGGAGCGCGAGGUCUACCUCCAUCGCCAUCCGGCUUUCUUUGGAAGAGUCCAAGACGUCGUUCAAGACUGUUGUGGCAGUUGUCCCAAACCAGAAACUGCAGAGGAAGUUGAGAUUGCAGAAAAGGAGAGCGAGAUUUACGUCUCAGGCAAAGUCACCUUUCGCAUCGAUGACCCAGGUCGACAGCAGAUUGGCUCUUUCAACCCGUUGACCGAUGACGAUUGGACCGAAAUGGCCUAUGUUGGAAACACUGCACGCCUAUGCCAGGCCAUUGUUGAUGAAGACCUAGAGCAUGUCGAGGACUGGCUUGCUCAGGAGGGUGCUGACCCCAACCAGAGAGAUUACACUGGCAGAACUCCAUUGCAACUUGCCGUCACCAGUUCAUCCCCGGCUAUCGUGCAAACUCUGGUAGACCGCGGCGCUAGACUGAUUGCUCGGUUAGCCGACGGUAGAACUGCUUUGCAUUUAGCUGCUGCUCGUGGAAAUGUCGAGAUUGUCAAGAUUCUUCUUACCAAGAGUGCUACGAACGAAGAGGAGGAAGAAGACAAACAGGACCAGCGCCACAAGGUACGCGAGGCUGAGACGAAAACCGCCUUGGAAGGUCAAGACUCGAAAUCAAAGAAGAUUGAAAGUGACCCAGACAAGACAGACGACGAGGACGACGAGUCAGACGGUGAGAUGCUUGAUGAUGAGAAUUCAGACAAUGAUGUGCACUCAGUCACGACUGGUUCUUUUGUCAAGAUUGACAAGAAUGAGGACGCUGCCAAGGCUGAAGAAGCUAUGCCGCUCGACGAUGACGCAUCUGAUCCAGAUUUCUAUAAGAUUGAUGUCGUGGCUUGGGAUUCACACUGCAGCGCUCUGCAUUAUGCAAUCGUUGGUGGUCACGUCGAUGUUGUCAAGCUCCUUUCACAAGAAUUUGCUGCCGAUAUCCUCAACCCCGUCAAGUUUGGCGAUGCUUCGCAGUCUCAUGAGACUCGCGCCGCUAUCCUGACUCUGGUCCUUGCCCUGGCUUUGCCUAUGGAUAAAGCCAUUGAGAUGGCCAAGACUCUCCUGGCUCUAGGUGCAAGUUCGUCCCAAGCUGACGUGGAUGGUGUCACGGCUUUUCACCGUUACGUGCAACAUGGCGAUUCCAAGCUUGUUGAGACUCUUUGGGAGAACGACAAGUUGGGAUUAAAGACGGCCAUCAAUCACAUUGCUGUCCGUGGCGCAUUCUGGAGGAUGAAUGCAACUAGUCCUCUCAUGACAGCUAUUGAGAAGAAUAACCCAGUCAUGGUUCUUCGACUUCUUGAGGCCGGAGCCAACCCCCAGGUUGACUUUGAAUCGUGGCUAAAGGGAGCCAAGUUUUCUUUCGAGAAGAAUCUUGCAGAGUUUGGCUUUGAAGGAAAUCAAAAGAAGUUCAAAUCUUCUACAGAGCAACCCCUGAUCCUUGCUAUUCAUUCAAUGGAGCCAGCCAUGGCAUUGGACCUCCUAGAGCGUGGAGCAGACCCUAAUGUCAUCACCAAGCAAGGCCAGCAGGUGCUAGAAGAUAAGUGGUCACGCACUCAUCACAAAGGAUGUGCAGCUCUUGAUGAAGUGCGCCGAUGUCUCGAGAUUCUGGGCGAGUACAAGGAUGAGCCGACCAGAUAUUUUUUUCACACUACUGUCUAUGGCGGUGGCCAUCGUUUCCAAAACAAGUACACUGAAGCUCCUCCUGGGCCACAAGGGACGGAAGAAUUCCUGCAGAAGUUCACGGCUGGCACGUAUCAGCAUUGGCUUGUCAAACAUGACAUCGACCACAAGUUCAAUUUAUACAAUCAUCAGGUCGAGUUGUUUAACAAGGCACGACAGGAACACAAUGAUGACGACAUCAAGGCCAAGAAGGAAACCAUUAACAAGAUGAUCUCACAGCUUCAACAGGUUGAGGAAGCCCUCGUAGCCAAGGGUGCUCUGACUUUUGCACAGCAGUUCCCUGAUAUCCCACCACCAGUCAAACAGCCGAGAGGAGAUAGUAACGGGAAGGAUCGCGCGUACGAAUACAAGUACACUAUUCAUGGUGCUUCUGAUGUGACUGAAAUCCGAAGAGAAGCCUAUAUUGAGCUAUUCGAGGCUGCGUGGACUGGCGAUCUUGAGAAGAUCAAGUCCUUGACACUUUCUGCCUGGGGGACCGACAAGUCCGAGCCGCCUCUCAAGGUGGCUGUACUAGACCUCGGCUGGAAUUCACCCUUCUCAAUUGCCUUCUUGAGAGGUCACCUUGACACAGCCAAGGCCAUUCUUGAAAUCGUGCAGGCCCAAUGGUCACCCCCAGAGGAGAAGACAAAACGCUACAAGAUGACCCGAGACGAGGACGAGAAUGGCAGCGAUGAAGAGGCGGACGACGACGGUGAUGACAACCCAAGAAUCUACGAAGAGAUUGUAGAUGAUCAGUUCACCAUUGAGAACAUUGGCCAGGUCUCCAUGAAGGUCAAGAGUCAUGAGCUGCCUAGCUCCGUACUAAACAAGUCGUGUCCUUUAUUCAUCAUGCGCGGCGAUCAGAUCGAAGACGAAAUUGGCAAUAACACUCCCCUAUCCUUUGCUCUGAAACACAAUGACAAGGAACGAUUCAAUUUUCUCUUGGACACGGACGUUUACUUCAGAACCCACGCGCCUGCACAGACAGAAGAGGAUGAAUCGAGCCGAUUCUACUCACUUUCCGAGGCUGACUUCAAAUUGGCUGUCAGCCUGGGCCGGACCGAUAUGUUGAGCGACGUUAUUGCAAGGUUUGGCGCGGGUAUCCCACUUGAGCACUUGGUGAAGAAGAGUGGCGUGGAGAUGAAGACAAAGCCAAAGUACUAUCAAGGACUUACUGUGUACGGCAAGAAACGAUCAGACUGGGCAAACGCCGGUCGCAAUGUCAUUGUCAAGGCAACAGGCAGUCAAGUGCCUCCUUUGUUGACUGCUGCUGUCGAAGGCUCUUUGGCCUCUGUCGAGUGGUUCUUGAGCGAUACUCCGACAAGGCAGUACCUGGAGUUUGGAAAGUCCAAGGUGGCGAAGGAGGACCCGCGCCUAAAGCAUUUGAAGCAAUCACCGGGUGGCUUCGACAGAGCCAUUACAAAGUGGCUUGGUCUUCAAAAUGAUAUGGUGAUUCAUGCUGCUGUCCUCGGACCUCUUGGGCAUGAGACCAAUCGUCUCAUCAAGUAUCUGGCCCGGGUCUAUCCAUCCUCCUUGGAGGCAAAAUCGGAAUCUGGUUACACACCUCUGUUUCUAGCUUGUCUCAUGGGCCGCGUAGAGUUUGCAAAGACUCUUGUUGAUGCUGGCGCUGAUCAAUCCGUCAAGGACAAAGACUACAAUAAUAUCAUCCACGCAAUGCUGGCCAACAAGCCAAAACUUGGAAAGCUUGAGAGCCUUCUCAGCCUAUUGGACCCAGAACUCAGGGCUCAUCUUUUCCUUCAACGCACUCACCUCACUCAUGGAGGUGACACGCCGUUACAUUCCUGGAUCAAAGAUGCCAAAGAGGUCAAGACAACUCGCUCUCAUCCUUGGGAGGAGGAUCAUCAUUUUGAGUCGAAAGAGAGCGAAGAACAUGUGGAGAUCACAAAGCUUCUGCUCAAGCUCUCUGGAGGAGAUGAUCUUGGCAUCUUGAACGGAUCUGGCGAUACUGUCCUUCACAGUGCCGUGGCAUACCAGCUACCCAAGCAUGCCCAGGUGAUCCUCGACCACAACCCCAAUCUGCUGUACCGCGAAAACUCUGUCGGCAGGACUCCUGCUGAGAUUGCGUACGAUCAAGUCAUCAGCAUGAAGGUGAAGCCAUGUCCAGAUAUUAGUAUCAAUUUCGACCGGUACAAUGUAAACAACAGCUACGUCGACAGGCUUCCCAAAAUCUAUAAGAUUCUCAGCGAACCGGCGAUCCCAACCCGAAAGGAGCAGGUCUGGAAUCUGGUGCAGAAGUACCAAGCGGACCAUCCGGGCAAGCGUCGACUCGUGAGCCUCAACGAGGCAAAUGACGUCGCUAGGCGUCUCGGAGAGAACUACUCCUGGCAGCGGUAUUACUCCAAGACCAAGACCUCAAAUCAGGACAACUCGAAUCAGGACAAUGAGCACGAGGAAGACGAGGAGAAGGAAGAGGAAAAGGAGAGUGAUUUUGUGAGCAUUCAGUACUCGAGGAAGCAGUCUACAGCAUGGAGUGACGAGAUGCCAAAGAAAGACUAG